UCACAAUUGUUGUUGUCGCGGUCGGAAAAGUGCACGGAGGUACGGUCAGCGCCCGUCGAUUUUCCGUUAAAUACAGCAUAAAAAUUCCAAAACAAAUGCGCGCACUCUCCGCAGCAAAAAAAGCUCCGUAAUUAGCAAAAAACAACAACACAACACGCAGCUCAAGUAGAAAAGUCGUUGUCGCACUAUUACAGCAAAUAGAAGCAGUGUGGCAUAUAAAAUAAUAAUAAUACAGAAAAAAAAGUGAAAUUAAGUGUUUUAAAAAAAGAAACCAUAAAAACAUGAACAUGACAUGGCCGCGUCUCGUUUACACAAUAACUCAAAAUUAAUUUAAUAUGCUGGCAAAUGAGCAAAGCGAAAAGCACGCUAAAAGUAUCUUGAAUUUUUGCAGGCCCUGAAUCGCGGAGGAGCUACUAAACGGCUGCUGUUAUCGCCAUGGCCGCCGCUUCUGCUGGUCAGCAACAGCAGCAACAUCAGCACCAGCAUAAACUCAAUAUUGCUGGGAGUGCUGAGACUGUGGCCAGCGAAAUGCAUCACCAGCAGCAGCAGCAGCAGCAUCAACAGAUCAACAUGUUCAAGCAGCAGCAGCAAAUGUUGCCGAUGCAUCAACAGCAGAUACAGCAACAGCAGCAACAUCAUCAGUUUUUCCAGCAGCAGCAGACAAAAUUUGUAUCGCGGGUCGUUACAAGCGCAUCGAUGCAACAGCAGCAGCAGCAACAUCAGCAGCAUUCGCAACAGAUAUUACCAGCUGGCUUGGUAAAUGGCAAUGGCAACGGCAACACGAUGCAACAACAACAGCAGCGCACCAGUCAGCAGCACAUAUUUGUCUGCCCCACUAGCAACCAGCAACUCCUGCUGCAACAUCAACAACAGCAGCAGCAGCAACAACAACAACAGCAACAAACCAAACAGCGCCAGGCGCAAAUAAAGUUGCCAAUAAAGUCAACGGUGGCACCAGGAGUAACGGCAGCAACUGUUGCUGCUGCUGCGGCAACGCAUUGCAUGCCGACAACCAUUGCAUCGCGUCAAAUGAGUCAGAACAAUCAGCUCUAUGCGAAGAAUGUUGCCAAAGCCAACAAUGCCAGUAGCAAUAGUAGUAGCAACAAGAAGACGACUAGCUACAAUGGAAAUUUGGCCCCUGGCUGGCGUCGCUUAACCAACAACAAUGAGGUGGCCUACAUCAGCCCCUCGGGCAAAACGAUGCGUACACAGUUCCAGAUCAAGGACUAUCUGCUCACUCAGGGUACCUGCAAGUGCGGCCUGCCGUGUCCGCUGCGCCCCGAAUACCUAUUCGACUUCAAUGCCCAGGUGCCCAACAUGCCGCUUAAGUUGCCAACGGAGGCGCCAACGUCAAUGCCAACACCUUGCCUGCAUCAGCGGCGAUUUCUUGAAUCUCAGCAGCUCCAGUUGCCACAACAACCGCAGCAGCAGCAGCAGCAGCAGCAAUCCCAACUGCAACCUCAAUCGCAACUGCAACAGCAACAUCUACAGCAUCCGCAGCAGCAACAACAACAACAGCAACAGCAAAGUGCUGUCAAAGAUGUAUCUGUAGCCGUAUCCGUAUCUGGGCCAGCACCUGUCAGCGAUGUGUUCUCCUCGCUGAUGACAUCGACGGCGAGAACGGCGACAACGGCAACACCAACAGCAGCAACAUCCACGCCAGCAGCAACAUCACCGGCCCAAGUGGCAACCACCACCACAACACAUGAAUUGGCCAACAAAGACGCUGAUUGCCACAAAUACGGCAAUAACAAAUUACCUGCCUCGGUCCGGACCACGACCACGCCCACGCCGGCCCCAACGCCUACGCCCCCGCUUCCAAGUGCGAUGCCAACUAGUCAAGCAUUAACAUUAGGCGGAGUACCAGUUGGCGGCGUCCCCAAGCGUCUUGCUGCGGGACAUGUGAUAAAGCAGCCAACCGGCGCUCUAGCUCCUCCGGCAACGCCACCACCCGCUUCCGGAGGCUCCACCACCGUCAUCCAGCAACAGCCUAACUUCAAGGACGACCCUGCAGGCUAUCUGCAGCAGCAAACAGCUCUGCUGCAUAGCAGCCUGGGAGUUGGCUUGGAUGGGGCUAAAACGGUGGCACCAACUUCCGCUGCGAGAGCUCUGCCGCAAGAGCCCGUCGUACACAGCUCCCAGCAGCAGCAACAUCAACAGCAGCAACAUCAACAACAGCAGCAGCAACAUCAGCAGCAUCAACAGCAGCAUCAACUGCAGCAGCAGCAUAUGAUUGGAAUGAGUUCACAGCAAGAACCGACUCAGGAAAUCCUCCUGCAGCAGAAGAUCCGUCGCCUGUCGGUCUUUGGCAAAUGGGAAAUGGAUUCAGCACCUGCUGUUAAUUCUCAACGGGCCACUGGUGCCCGCUCCUUGCAGGUGGACACCGCCGCCUUUGCCCGACCCCAGAAACCGCAGAUUACCAGCGUAACAAUGGUGCCAGCUCCCCAGGAGUCCCCAGUAUCGAGUAGUGCAACCGAGCCGCUGGAGAAGCGACCCGAGCAAGUGGGAGCCAUAUCCACCAGUCACGAGAGUCCGCGACAGAGCCUGUCCUCGCCCUCGGAUUCAGUUGAUUCGGCCAAGAGCACGCCAUCUGCUUCGCCCAAGCCCCAGAUGCAUGUUCAGCUGCAGCCACAGCUGCUGCAGAUGCGCACACAUACCCAGGCGAAUCUUCCAGCUCCAUCGCCCGUUUCCGUGCCUGCCCACGUCCGUGUGAUGCGCCAGCAGCAGGCCCAGAUUAUUCCCGGCCAGCGGAUACCAGUGGCCAGCAGCAGUGCAGCAAUGGCCACUAUGACCAGAAGCAUAGUUACAUCAUCAGCGGGCCCAACUACGAUUACAGGCCGGCCAGUAACCACCACGUUGACCAGCUCAAAUCCCACUGUGGCGCAGCUGCAAUCGAUGGCAAAUGCAAUGAGUGGAGCAGGAGGUGGUGGGCAGUUAAUAAUGACAUCCUCGGGCCAACUACUGGUCAUACCCACGCCCAAUAAACAAACUGCGCAGCAUCACCGUCCUGGUCAGCCCGGACAAGGAGUCAUCAUCCAGCAGCAGCAGCCUGCGGAGUUGCAUCCACAGCCAGGAGGAGGUUAUAUUGUCAGCCAACCCGCUCCAGUGGCGGCAGCCAGUUCCAGCAGUAGCAGCAGUACUGUGAUCUUGAACUCUGGUGGUGCCAAGCUGCUGCACCAUCAAAUUAUUACUUCGCAGGCCGGUCAGAUAAAUCAGGCGACUGGAGGAGGGCCAGGAAAUCAACCGCAGACAGUGUUGCUAAAUACGCUGCCCAACGGAGGUUACAUCGUCCAGCAGCAACAGCAAUCGCAGACGCUUCAGCAGGCUGAACAGACCUUGGCCAUGCCCCAGCCACCUCCAGCGCAAACCCUUAUCAUCAGUUCGCCGGAUACCAAGCGAAGGGCGCGAAAGCGCAAGAGCUCUAUUUGCCAUACACCGCCGCCGAGUGGCUCGCCCGCCAAAACUAUAUCGCCCCAGAUCUCGCCCAGCAUCCCGAGCCAGGCACCAGCUAUGCUCCACCAGCAGGCGGCUGCAGCUAAUCCUCAGUUCCAACAGCAGUUCCAGUUGAGUCCUGGCAUCCAGGGAAUCGUGGUGAACAAGCCCAAUCCUCCGCAGGCCCAGCAAACGCAGCAACUCUUGCUGCAGAACGGUCAGAUCCUUCAGCAAGUUAAUCUCAUUGGACAGCAGCUUCUCAUGCCGGCCGGGUUGGUGAUGGGACCGGAUGCUACUCUGCUACAGAUCCAGAACAUGCCCACCACCAGUCUGAUGACGCCGCAGGGCCCUGUGAUGCUGCGUACGCCAUCGCCGCAGAGCAAGCCCUCGUUCAUCUCCCCGGGCGCCGGUGGUCAGCAGUACUUAGUGGGUGCCAAUGGGCAGCUGAGCCCCAUCGGGCAGAUCUACUCCACGCCCAUGGGUCUGGUGAUGCCGACUGGGCAGCAGGGAGGUGCCUCGUUUGUGCAGGCUAGUCCCACAACUACCACCAUCCAAAUCCAGCAGCAGCCAGCCCCUCAGGCCACGCAGAUUAGUUUGCAGCCGGCACAGGCUACCUACCUGACGGAGACGUCGAUGAGUCGCCAGGGAACGGCGUCCAGCCCGCCGGACACCACCACCUGCAGUCCACGGAGCCCGGAGCGACCUCCUAGUCAUCGUAGCAGUGGAAGCGAUAUGGUUCAAUGUGUAUCUAGUUCGGAACCUGAUGCGGCUGUUUCACCCCAAAGCGUGGAGAGUAGGCAGUCACCAUCUUCAACGGACUGUGAGAGAAGCAUAUGCAACAACAAUCUGUUUACCCAGCCCAGCGGAAUAUACAAGCACUCGGAGCCCAAGAUCAGGCGUAUUCACAUCACCUCGCAGGCGACGGCCGAGAACGGGAUUAGUCUGAUGCAGGGUCAAGAGUCGCCCACAACAACGCAGCAGCUUUCCUCGGGUCCAACCACUCCGAUCCAGGAUGCACCACCAACGGUCGAGAAGGCGGUAAUCCGGACGCCCACGAAACGUACGCGUCGACCGCAGCGAGGGGCAGUCCGUGCUACGCCCUCGGCGGCCGGUAGCCGCUUCCUGUUGCCACCGCGCUCCUUCGCCAUUGGGGAACUGAUCUGGGGUCCGGCCCGGGGCCAUCCCGCCUGGCCCGGGAAGAUCGUCAAGAUGCCCGACGGAGUGUGCACGCCGUCGCAGCAGUUCGACCACGUGUGGGUUCAGUGGUUCGGCGGCGGCGGGCGCUCCACCUCCGAACUGAUUCCGGUCAACUCGUUGCAGAGUCUCUCCGAGGGUCUGGAAGCACAUCACAAGGCCCAGAAGGAUACGAGAAAGAGCCGCAAACUGAACUCGCAACUCGAGCGGGCCAUACAAGAAGCAAUGACUGAGUUGGAUAACAUUUCAGCCUCCUCGACUCCCGCAGCCACAUCCUUAUCCUCAGCCACCACAGCUGCUGUUCCACCAUCAGGGCCAGCUGUAAUUGGCGGACAACAGCAAUAUCAGCAGCAGCAGUCGCCCUCUUCAACGAACAACAAAAUAAAUGGACUCGCGCGGAGCAAACGCCAGGCCAACACAAGUGGGGCCAGCAUGGUGCUGACCACCAGCACGGCGGCCACAUUGAGUGGCCUCUUCAAUCAGCAGCGAGCCAAACCCAUACGGAUUGCUCCGGCUCCACCCGUGACCACAACGGGCCCAGGAAGCAUGGUAGCGAUACAAGGAGCUGGAGCGACCGUAGCCUCGGCUGGAACAGGGACAGGGAACAACCUGGCCCGUUCCGAGAUCCUCAAACUGGCCAAAUGACCAACACUGUCGGCGAUGUCGUCGACAGUAAGCACAGCCAACUACACGCUCGUCAUCGGGCACAAGUAGUGCGGGCCAUACAUAUAGCUAUCCAUAUACGAUACGAGUAUAGAGUUUAGUGUUAGAUGUCAGGCCUCAGCCUCGGAGUUUGUUGUUGUUUUGUGUUCUUUACCAGACUCUCACACGACUCCCCGCUUAGUUGCGUCGCUGGGCGGCGCGCGCCACACUUUCGAAAUAGACAAUAAAACAACAAGAUGAUGUUAAUGGAAAUCAAGUUACAAAGAAGAAUUCUAACCAUAAGCGAUAGGUUUUGCUUCUUAGAAAGCGCUUCGGCGCAAGUUUUGCGUUGUUUUGUAUAUAGUAAACACCCCAAGCUACAGAUGUUAGUAUUAAGUAUUUAUUUAUUGCAUAUAGAUCCUUGGUUUCUAUAGAUUUUGUUUUCGUUGCAAUUUUUAGACUUACCCAUUAUUUUUAUAAAUAGGUAGCUUAAGCUUUAGCCACUAAGUUAAAAACGGAUUAAUCAUCAAGAAAACAGAUCUACGCGAAAAUGCGUUUAACCAUUCAUUUGCUUGUUUAAGCACUUAACAUCAAAUCAAAAGCAGCUACUGAUUUUAAUUUAUUGUGUAUGCCGAAAAUGUUUUUAAGCUCUAGAAGAACAAAUUAUUUAUGUCAAAAACAAACAAACCCUGAGAAGCGAUGAAGGAAAAAAUGAGAGAAAUUAUAUUUAUAAAUUGUUAUUAUUUAUUUAGUUGAAACUAUUGUAAAAUUAUAAUUGUAAAACAAAAUACAAGAAACGAGAUCACACUUAGCGGAACCACACAAAAGAAAUAAAAAUUAAAAAAGAAAA